CGUCAGAUCCUACCCAUGAGGCCCUGGCAUGAGGAUUCAUAAAGCCCUGAGUGCAUGAAGGAACCAAAUCGAAGGAGGACAGUCAGAACUUUGCUAGGAAGCUGUGGGGGAUAUAUAGCCCUUCAUAGUUGGCAAUGUGUUCGUAGAUGCCAAUCUGAUCGUUAUCUAGUGCUGGUGUUGUACGCUGUUGUGAGCUCAAGCAAGCAUAUCAUUCGGUGAAUUCUAAAGCUCCAGACUUCGCCGUUGAGAGGCCCGCGAGUUUCUCGCGCCGCGGUUGGUGUCCAUUAAGUUGAUCGAAUGGUGGCUGUAAACUGUCUUAUUUAUGAGUAUUCCAGUAAACGCUGGCUCCUCAUCAAGCAUUAUCUUGGAAGUUGGUCUGAGUGCCUAGUAACUGGUUGCCUCGCGCCAAUUUGAUUCAUUCUUAGAAUCCAGUGGUCAUGGAUGUGCGUUGACACUUAUCAAUAAAGCUCAGCUUGGAAGCCUCAAGAGAAUAGUAUCGUGGCCUCGUCGCACCUAUGCAACUUCACAAUAUCUUCCCUGUGAGACCAGAUCUCAGCAAAUCCUGUAUCGAGAGAAAUUGAAAGUCGUUGACAAAGAUGACGAGGCUGUCGACACCGUACGAAGAUGUUCGGAAAGGAGCAUGGACUGCGGAGGAGGAUGAAAAACUUCGAAAGCAUGUGGAGACGUAUGGAACUGGGCACUGGCGCAGUGUUGGAAAGCUAGCAGGUCUGCAAAGAUGUGGGAAGAGCUGCCGUCUGCGCUGGACGAACUAUUUGCGACCUGAUAUUCGACAUGGUAGUUUCUCUUCGGAGGAAGAAAACCUCAUCGUCAAACUACAUGAAGCUCAUGGAAGCAGAUGGUCACUCAUCGCCGCGCAGAUGCCAGGAAGAACCGAUAAUGACAUCAAGAAUCAUUGGAACACACGAUUGAAGAAAAAGCUAUGCGAUAUGGGCAUUGAUCCCGUCACACACAAGCGCAUCGCGGACGUGCUCAAGGAACUAGCUGGCACAAUGGCUCACCCUACUGGACAAGGGAAUCAGGUAGAAGAAGAAGCAAAACGGAGGUUUCGUCGAGAAUUCGGCAGCAUUCAUCAUUCACUUGCGUUCAAAUUCAUGCCUUACCAGUCCCUAAAUGAUUUGCGUCGUCACAACCUACACGACACUGACGCUCUACCCAGAUCAGAGCUCCCUUCUGGUGAUGAAAGCCAGAAAAGCUCCAUUAACUCCGGCUCGUACAACAUGGACGAGAGUAGCUGCAGCACCGAGGUGGCUCCUUCACCAUCCCCAACAAGCCCGCUUUCUUCAAUCGACAUGGAGCAGUCCAAUCAGAAUAGUUACUACGGCGCCGAUGCGAAACAUUAUCAAAGUAAUAUACUGCAAUGCAUGACAGGCACGGUAGUUGAAGGCUCUGCUGAUCCAACUUUAUAUCUUUCCUUACCACGGAUGACCGAAACGAUCAUGGCUCACUUAACUGAAACAGGCGAUAGUGUUCCAUCAUCUUUCCAAUUGCCGAUGUUGUCGCUCCAAAGUACUAGCUCAGAGCAGUUCGUCUUCCCUACCACAAGGUAUGAGAAUGCAAGCAACGGAUUCCACCCAAGUGCCCCAAUUUAUGAUACUUCAGAAAGCGCCGAGGAACAACAAAGUGUCGAUUACACACGAUGGUUGGCUUCCACAAGCGCAUUCCCACAGGACGCUGACAUUCUCAACUCUCGAGUGAGUACCGCUGUGCAUUUGCCACUCAGUCAUUUCAACUCGGAACCUCACAACUGUCUCGGUGAAGACCAAGCCACUAUUUCCUACCUACAUGGAUCAGAUAUGUCAAAACUGCGGCGAAAUGCAACAGCUGGUGAAUUAGAUGUGUGGAUCAACCUCGGCUUCAACCAGCAGAGAUCCAUAAAAGAGAACGUCAGCUACAGCAGCCUCAGAGAGCAAUCAAGCACAUCACCGAACGGCAUCACUGGUUCCAUUGCUGACAUCACGACGCAACACACUUUCUCCGGGUGCACUGGCCACUUUGCUAAUUCCAUCAGUCCCAACUUGAACAUUACCGGUGUUCAUAGCCCCUUCGCAAGCACUCCAGCAGCAAUGCGUUUGUAUGAAUGCCCAGUGCCGACACCGAGAAUGGUGCUGUGGAAUAUGCAGGAAUAGAAGUUCAAUCUACCGACUGACUUAAGAAACAGUAAGAAACUGUAAGAAUCUUUGCAACGGCUAUAGACGUUUCGGGAGAUCCACAUCUUUUUUACAUGAGCUCUUGUUUAUCAAGCUUCAAGUCAUAACUACAACUUGUUAGAUCAGUCUUAGAAACUGUAGCGUGGAAGAUCCCUGAGCAUUCAGUGUUUACUCUCAUGUCCUCAUUCGGCAAUGUUAAUACUCAGCAUCUUUUCCCAGUUUGUGGUGUCAA